UCCCUCUCUCUCUGUGUGAAGAAUUGAAGAUGAAGCUUGCUGUGUUGGUUUCCCUGCUGGUUAUUGUACCAUUCCAGGUCGUAACUGGUUCAUGUGUAGGCAAAACCGUGGACGUAUGGGUGGUCAACGGCCAGUCUCUUACAGGGGAUGGACCCUUGAAUGACCCAGAACCCUAUGUUAAGGUGAGCAUCGGUAGUCAGAUCAGGACGACCAGUGUGAUUCAUUCAAGUUCCAACCCAUCUUGGUGGGAGGAGUUUCGGUUUUUCAAUGCCUCCGGCAACAUGUUGAAAAUUGAAAUCUGGGAAGCUGAUUCUGGACUUCGUGGUGAUGAUGACCACCUGGGAACCUGCACGGAGCAACUGAUCUCAGGAGGUGCACAAUAUCACGCUAUACAAUGCAGGGCCUCAGACUCUGGUUAUGUCAAAGUCAUUUACAAGUGUUUCUAAAUAAAACUUGCAGUGGCUCAGUCCUCAGCUCAGUCCAUCCUGUAAGACAUUUGGACUGUAAUUGAGAAAAGUGAAAGAAUAAAAUCAA